AUGAAUCCCGACCUCUUCCAGAAAUUCCGCGAAUUCAAGUUCGAGCGACCUGAGCUCGCACGCGAAGCAAUUCGACCUCUGUUGGAAAUGUUCUGUCUUCGGCGCGGGAUGUUGACGCCGGCGAUCAUGCCCAACGGUACCUCCGUUGUGCCAGGCGAGGGCAUCCCCCAGAUGCGUAUUAGAACAGUGAUCCUUCGGUCCUACGAUGACCACGACCAGCAGGAUCUGUACCAGAUUGCCAAGCAUCAUUAUCCAGAUCUGACCUCAGCCUCGAACGAAGAUGAUGAGCACAUUGGACAUGGCACUAUCGACAAGGCUAAACUCACGUGGGUGAACCCAGCUGUCCUACGAACGCUGGCUCUGUCAACAACUAACGUGGAGUUCUGGCCUCUCACCCAGAAGAGAGGCUCGGAUGGGAAGACAACGUUCCUCAAUUCCAAGCCCAUUCAGAAGUUACUCAACAAGCCACCUCACUUCGACAGAUUGCAGUCCUUUAGUCUCCCUGGAGCAGCCGCUCCCACCGCUGCUGCUGACUCGGAAAACGUCGAAGAGGUUCUUUGGCGAGAUGGAGUGGGCGGCUUGAAAUGGUACUUCGGGCAACUUCAGCUUGCCUAUGGCGAUGACAUUGAGUUCCCUCUGGUCCGUGAAGACAUCCCAAGGACGUUCUGUUCACGAAGUCCCAAGCUUUGUUGGACAAUUAACAGGGUUCUAGAGCUCAAAGCACAGCGGCAGCGAGUUCUGAUCUUUGUCAACCAUCCUUUGACUUCGAUGAUCUUAACAGCGCUGCUGACAAGCCUUUGUGUCGAGACUCUGAAUAUCCGCAGUAGCCACACCGUUGAUCAGCGCGCUAAGAUGGUUCGGGAGUUCAAUAAUCCUCAGAACCGAGCCGAAGCCUUAGUCCUGUCGUUCCAGCUUGGUGGUUUCGGUCUAAACCUCCACGGAGCCUGUCAUCACGGCAUUAUCGUCGAGUAUCCAGACAACUUGCCUACCAUGCUUCAUGGCUUUGGUCGUCUCUGGCGAAUGGGACAGGAACACGAGGUCCGCUGGGACGUUCUCUACCUCGAGAAGUCAUUCGAUGGCUGGGCUGAUUCGCGUAUGGCAUCGAAAUACGCUGAUAUCCUCGCGGCAGAAGGAGAUAUUCCUGAUUUGAUUGUGGGAGAGUACCGUAUUAUCUGCGGUUUUGAGCUGAUCAAGCGCUAUCUGGGACAAGAUAGCAAUCGAUACCCCAGAACCCGGGUCACCUGGUCUGAGCAGGACCAUCCCCUCGUGGCUCGCGAAGGCCACUUCUACUCGGCAGUCGCGCAGUAUCUCAUGCAGCACCCCGAACACAUUACGAAGUUUCAAGGCAGACACCUCUAUGAGAUCGCUUGUCGCUGGACUCCAGAGCACGGAGACCUGACCCUUGACAUGAUUGAAGGGAGGUCUCCGGUCUUGGUGGAUGGAGUCAUCUUGGACUCGCGAAACCCUCUCACUCCUGGCUAUGUUGCAGUUGAGGAAACUAGAGAUCGCUAUCGUGAUGUCUUACAGCUUGAUGAGAUUCAGUCGAACUUGGCGACUGAUCAAAAUCGAUUGGAGAGGGAACGGCGGCGACGAGUGGGAAGCUUGGGGUACAUGAAUGGUUAG